AAGAAAACUCUUUUCUAUACUUUGUUCCUGCUUACUCUGCGAUACUACAUUCGUAUGAUAACGAUACACAGCGUGGUACGUGAAGUAGCUUAUGUUCGCAAAAGAAGCUAGUGGAUCGUAAAUUUAUGUGUUUCUCCCAACCAUUCCGAAGAAUUUUCAAAGGAAACGAAAGAGCAACGGUUCGUAGUUGAUAGUAUGGAUCCUACGGAAGAUUGGAGUGGCAAUUGCCAAGUGCUAGAGAAUCAAACGCAAGAAAGUCAGACUGAACAAGUUAACCAAGUCGUGCCCGGAUACACGAAUUUUGCCGAUUACGUUCAGGAAGCGUUCGAUGUCAUAAGGCUUGGGAUCAAAGCUGCCAAUAAUUUACCAACUGGUUCAAAUUUCAAUUAUUAUUCCUGUUUCCCCAGUUUUCUCCGUGCCAAGGAUGAAAAUAUACAAAUGUUGUUAAACGUUAUGCAAAAUGUGUUAGGAACGGCCAAUGUUACGAACAAAAUUUCCAAUCGUGACGAAGAAGAAAUAUUUGACCUUUUGUUGGAAGCGAACGAUGGGCUUUUGGAUCGAGCUAAUGCGUUAAUGGACGUAGAAUCUGGCGUCACAAAACCCUCGGAAGUAGAGUUAGUGGUGACACAUGCGAAGAAACAACUGAUUAAUGGUAGUUGGAACAACCAAGUUCAUAAACCGUCGCAAAACACAGAUGCUGUCCAAUCUGUACGUUUAUUGGCAGGCAAAAAUAUUCAAAGACCACAGUUAACGUUCAAAGACAAAAUUGACAAUAGUGGGAAACCUUGGUGUCCUAGAAUUAAGGAUAAACCCAAUUCUUUGAAACCACUAGCCAUAUAUUUGGAGGAAGAAGAACAUGGAGAAGUGUUCAGUCAUCCUUAUGAAUAUGAAUUGGAUUUGUUCGUAGUGCCUAAUAGUCAAUUGAACAAAUCAAAACCGGUCAAUUAUAAAUCUUUGGAAGACACACCGUUGGUACUGGUCAAAGAUCCAGCAGAUAUUAAGUUGUUACUAGAGGAUUUAAAACGGUACAAAGAGAUUGCUGUAGAUUUGGAACAUCACUCUUACAGAAGUUUCCAAGGAAUAACUUGUUUAAUGCAAAUUUCAACGGGAGACACGGAUUAUUUAAUCGAUACUUUGUCGUUACGAUCCGAAUUACACGAGUUAAAUGAGAUCUUUACCAAGCCUACCAUUCUAAAAGUAUUUCACGGAGCAGAUUUAGACAUUCAAUGGCUUCAAAGAGAUCUCUCUGUUUAUGUGGUAAACAUGUUUGAUACGCACCAAGCGGCGAAACAAAUGAAUUUGCCGUACUUAAGUUUAGCGUAUUUGUUGAAACAAUAUUGUAACGUAGAUCCCGACAAACACUUCCAAAUGGCAGAUUGGCGUAUAAGACCUUUGCCGGAAAAACUUCAAAAGUAUGCUAGAGAGGACACCCAUUAUUUAUUGUACAUAAAGGAUAUUCUAAAAAACGCUCUGAUAGAUGCUGCCAAUGGACAAGUGAAUAUUUUGAAAGCUGUUUACGACAGAAGUACAGAAAUUUGUAAAAAGACAUAUGUAAAACCAGUAUGGACAGAGGAGAGUUGUAUGAAUAUGUACAGGAAAAGUAAAAAAAUGUUUAACAAUAAGCAACUUUAUGCUUUCAAGGAGUUGCAUAAGUGGAGGGAUUGCGUUGCUAGAAACGAAGACGAUAGUGUUGCUUACGUUUUACCGAAGCAUAUGCUUUUGAACAUAGCUGAGACAUUACCUCGUGAAAUGCAAGGAAUUCUGGCAUGCUGUGAUUCUAUACCUCCCUUGGUUAGGCAGAAUUUAUUAAAACUGCACAAAAUAAUAUUGAAGGCUAGAGAACAGCCACUUAUUAAACCAGUUCUUGAAGAUCUCAGGCAAAGAUUAACGCAGAGGAGCUAUGUUACAAAUUCAGAAGUAUGGAUGUAUUCUCCUCAUGAUAUUCCCAGUGGUAUGGAAGCAAGAGCUGAUUUGCCGUGUUUGUUAGAUGAAAACAACGCAAUGGAAACAUUCGUUUCAAAUACCACCGUGCAUGCAGUGAAGCAUACCGUCACUGUGUUUGACAGCCCAAACACAUCUGAGGAUGAGGAUAUGGAGAAAGAUGAAGGAAAAGGCGAUAGGAAGAAGAAGUUCGUCUUCGUAAGUCCGUUUGAACGGUACAAACGCGUAAUACCUAUGGUAGCGGAAGAAGAAACGCAAGAAAGAGAAAGGCAAAAACAGGAAGAAGAUAAGGAAAAAGAGAAAAAAGAGCGCUUAAAUAAAGGGGAAAAUGUCGAACAGAAGGAUAUAACCGAGAGUAGAAAUAGAGUUUUGCAACAUUUCAAGAAAGUUACUGAAAUUGUUACAGAAAAAGGUGCGUCAACGUCGUCGCGAAAACCAUCCAAAGUUCCCCUGAGCCAAAUGCAGGGACGUAAAAGGAAACAAAAUUCAGAUAUUAACGAACAAAAUAAAGCGAAAAAAGGAAAAGUCGAAGACAACUUGUUAACUCCAGUUCCAUCGUUAGAGGGCAGAAUGACACAAGGAGUAAGACAGGGCCGAGAUGAAAUGGAGCGUUUGCAGGAAGAAAACGUACGAGAGAAGAAUACAGCAAGAAGUCAAGAACAGGCUUCGAAUAAGGGAUCUAUUAAUUCGAUGCGGCCCAGACAAAAAGGAGAUAGAAAACGUAUAAUUAAAGAAUUAAAUUCAAAAGGCAUGAUGCCAUCGAAAGUAUUCGAUUAUAAAGGCGUAGAUUUCAACUCUUUCCAAGGAGGUAGUAAAAAUACGCGCAAUCAAGUAAACUUUGAGCAAAAGAUGAAGAAGAAGAAGAAAGAUAAGCCCCGAAAGAGGAACAAGAAAAAGGUAAAUAUAUAA